UCACACAGAGUUGGGACAGGGAGGGGAGAAACUCCUGCCCGGAAUGUAGAGAGGAAUCUGCAAACAGCACCCUCAGGGUGAAUCGGGCCUUGGUUAGACUGUCUGAGAAAGCUCGAACACGGAGCAUGAAUCUCAAAGCGAAGAAAAGCAAACUUCAUUGCGAGAAACAUCAGGAAGAAUUGAAGCUGUUUUGCAAAACUGACAAGAAACUGAUCUGUUUGAUUUGUGCAACUGGGCAGCAGCACAGGUCUCACAGCUUAAUGCUGAUAGAAGAAGCAAUUGAAUUCUACAAGGAACAGGUGAAAUCUUCUUUCGAAUCUCUCACAGAAAAGGAAUCAGAGAUCCAGAAAAUUGAACAGGAACAGAAAGAGAGCAUUUCUGGAGUUCAGGAAGAGUCACACAACCUUCAGUCACAGAUCACAUCCCAGUUUGCUGAACUGCACCAGAUUCUCACUGAUAAAGAGCAGCGCUUACUCGGUGAUGUCCGGGAAGAAGAGGAGAAGAUUAUAAAAUCAAUGGAGAAAAAUCUUCAAGGGAUACAAGAGAAUUUAAAAUCAAUUCAGGAGGAACUCUCAAAGCUACAGGACCAGACAGACCACAAGAACGGCCUGAUAUUUCUGAAGACUUACUCGUAA